AUGAAGAACACCAUUAAAUGUUGUAUUUCAUGCAUUCUUCCUUGUGGAGCACUUGAUGUGAUUAGGAUCGUUCACUCCAAUGGCCAUGUGGAGGAAAUAAGUGGCACCAUUCGAGCAGCUGAGAUCAUGAAACUACACCCGAAGCAUGUACUCAAGAAACCCUCUUCUCCUUCCUACACCGAUGAAGGAACAGUUAACUGUCCUCAGAUCAUCAUUUUACCACCAGAUGCCGAGCUCAAGCGUGGAAAGAUUUACUUUCUGAUGCCGGUUCCUCCUUCUUCCUUGCCUGAAAAGACUCGUUCCAAGUCAACAUCAACCACAAGAAAGAAAAAGAAUGUUGUUAGCAGUAAGAAUAUUAAUGCGAACAGCAAUCAAGACAAUAAUUUAUUAACAGACCUUCUUGUCUCUGAUCGCUACUUGACUGAGAUUCUAUCGGAAAAGGUGAAGGAUAGGAGGAGAGGCCGUGUUGGCGUGUGGAGACCUCAUUUAGAGAGCAUUUCUGAAGCUACAAGUGAUGCGUGA